UUAAACUAUGACAGAAAACGCCCCGUCUCGUAUUCCUGACACUUGAGUCCGAAGAUUCUCUGGUAGAGCAUCACAAAUACCAGUGGACAUUAUUUUUUAUCAUUCAGUGAACCGUAAUUCUGACCUAUUGUUUUAUUCUAAAGUGAGAUUCAGUGGUGGUAAUAUAUAUCCGGGAAUAAAUUGAUAAAAAUGGCCCAAGAUAGUGAUUCCCCACCAGCUUUUUGCACAAGACUCCGAGGCUACCUCAGGGAUUCGCCCUUUUUCUGUAAAAUUAUUGAACUUGCAUUCUGUGUUAUUUCCCUGGGAUUGAUCAUCGAUCCUAUCAAUCAUGGAAAGCAAAUGAUGACUGAUAAUAAUUGCAAGGGGCUCAUUUACCUAGCACUCUGCGGCUACAUCAUGAUCAACGCUAUUGUAAUAUUGUGUUAUCUGUGCGGUGAGAAAAUGGUGAAAAAUAUGGCAAUGAGCUUUACCGCACUAGGAGCUAUUUUAACCCUCGGGGCUGGGAUAGUGAUACUUCAUAAUUACGUUCAAUGGGACCGCAAUCACCUUGGGCACAACAUAGAGCAGUACCUGGCCCAAAUGCUGGCCAGUGGUAUUUUCGCUAUUUUUGCAUCAGCUGUUUUCAUCCUCGAUCUUUAUCUAACGAAUAAAUACGAGGAGAGUUGAAAUGGAGUAUUCAAUUGUAUCGAUAACGCAAUGAUUUAUUUUUUUAUUAAUUUCACGUGCUUCCUUAGUGCUCCGAGCAUAAUUGUAUUUUUUCAAUAAAUCAAAAUUUUUUUAUUAUGA